AUGGGCUCGCUACGCCCGCCUUUUAUAUCGUUUCGCACAGCUGAUAAGACAAAUAAAACAAGCCGUGUGCAGCUGUAUGUGUUCAGCGUGCGCAAAAAAUGGGUUUGCAAGGCUUGUGGAACCAACUGCCAGUGCUCGGCCACCAAGUGCGGCGACAACUGCGCCUGCAGCCAGCAAUGCAAGUGCGCCUGCAAGAACGAACCCAAGGACAAGUGCUGCUCCGACAAAAAGUGAUUACAUAUGAAUAUAUCAAUACUAUAUCAUAAAUGUAUAUAGAUAUAUUCAAAUGACUGACUCACUGAUGCACACCAACUUAGUACCAACAAUAAAAAACACAAUUUUUAUUUGAAUUUCU